ACAAAAAACACCAAAAAAAAAAAAAAGAAACUUUUAAAAAAAUAAAGACUGUUGAUAUUAUUUAGAUCAGACGGUUGACAUUAUAUGGCUCCCAUUAAUCUUCUUUCAUUCAAUUUAAUUUCCCUCGAUUCUCACUUUCACGCUGCUCAGCACUCUCCCACUCUCUAUCCUCCAUUGAAGCAGCUUCUGAGAUUUCGUAUUUGUAAGCAAGAUUCUUGGAUUUGGCAGUGGAAAGCUUAAGCAUUUUCAAUGGAAAAUGAUGGUGAGAAGAUGGAGGUAAAAGGAGACGAAGAAAAUGGACAAGUAGUGACUCCAUGGGAAGUAUCCGCCAAAGAAGGCGGCAAAAUUGACUAUGAUAAACUAAUCGACCAGUUUGGCUGCCAACGUCUUGAUUCUACUCUUAUUGAACGUGUUGAACGCCUCACUGGUCGUCCUGCUCACGUCUUCCUCCGCCGUGGCGUCUUCUUUGCUCACCGUGAUUUGAGUGAAAUACUUGAUGCAUAUGAAAGAGGGGAGAAGUUUUACUUGUAUACUGGUCGAGGACCUUCCUCCGAAGCGCUGCAUUUGGGGCAUUUGGUACCUUUCAUGUUCACAAAGUAUCUACAGGAUGCUUUUAAGGUGCCCUUGGUGAUCCAAUUAACAGAUGAUGAGAAAUGCAUGUGGAAAAACUUGUCCGUGGAAGAGAGUAUUAGACUUGCACGUGAAAAUGCGAAGGAUAUUAUUGCUUGUGGGUUUGACGUGUCCAGAACAUUCAUUUUUACCGACUUUAACUUUGUUGGUGGAAAGUUCUAUCAGAAUAUGAUCAAAAUUGCCAAGUGUGUCACACUAAACAAGGUUUUUGGUAUAUUUGGUUUUACUAAUGAAGAUCACAUUGGCAAAGUAUUUUUUCCAACAACUGAGGCAGCUCCUGCCUUUUCCAGUUCAUUCCCUCACCUGUUUGCUGGCCAAGAUAAUGUUCGGUGUUUGAUUCCUUGUGCAAUUGACCAGGAUCCUUACUUCAGAAUGGCAAGAGAUGUUGCUCCUCGGAUAGGAUAUCAAAAACCUGCAUUGAUCGAGUCUUCCUUCUUUCCUGCACUUCAGGGCGAGGCUGGAAAAAUGUCUGGAAGUGAUCCUAAUUCUGCCAUAUAUGUGACUGAUACUGCAAAAGACAUCAAAAAUAAGGUGAAUCGAUAUGCUUUUUCUGGCGGGCAAGAUUCUAUAGAAAAUCACAGAAAGUAUGGAGCUAAUCUAGAGGUAGACAUACCAGUCAAGUAUCUGGGAUUUUUCUUGGAGGAUGAUGCUGAGCUUGAGCAUGUUAAAACAGAAUAUGGUGCUGGAAGGAUGCUGACAGGUGAGGUAAAGAAACGGCUCAUUGAUGUUUUAUCAGAGAUGGUUGAAAGACAUCAACGAGCUCGGGCCGCUGUAACUGAUGAGAUGGUGGAUGCUUUCAUGGCCGCAAGGCCUCUUCCUCACAUGUUUGACUAAUGGGGGGAAACCAAUGGAAUUUAUGAUACAAGUGUGAAAUUUUGCAAUGGUUACUGGUUUAGAACGUUUAUUUAUGCAGUCAUUCAAAAUCGAAGGAUUUUUGGACUAAUUGUAGUCGUACAUAUACAUCAAUUUUGAAGCUCUGAAAUCCAAUACAUGUUGGCAACCAUGUAGUGUCGUUAAACAGUUGAUUCAAUGGAUUGUGUUGGGGAAAUCAUUGAA